GGAGCCUUCCGGGCUGCCGCGAUCAUGUCGGACCAGGCUCCCAAAGUUCCUGAGGAGAUGUUCAGGGAGGUCAAGUAUUACGCGGUGGGCGACAUCGACCCGCAGGUUAUUCAGCUUCUGAAAGCUGGAAAAGCCAAGGAAGUGUCCUACAACGCUUUGGCCUCACAUAUCAUUUCGGAGGACGGGGACAACCCAGAGGUCGGCGAAGCCAGGGAAGUGUUUGACUUGCCCGUGGUAAAGCCUUCUUGGGUGGUUUUGUCCGUCCAGUGUGGAGCUCUUCUGCCAGUAAAUGGUUUUUCUCCAGAGUCAUGUCAGAUUUUUUUUGGAAUCACUGCCUGCCUUUCUCAGGUGUCUUCUGAAGACAGAAGUGCCCUGUGGGCUUUGCUUACUUUCUAUGGGGGGGAUUGCCAGCUGAACCUCAAUAAGAAAUGCACACAUUUAAUUGUUCCGGAACCAAAGGGGGAGAAAUAUGAAUAUGCUUUAAAGCGAGCAAGUAUUAAAAUUGUGACUCCUGACUGGGUCCUGGAUUGCAUAUCUGAAAAAACCAGAAAGGAUGAAGCCUCUUAUCAUCCUCGUCUGAUUAUUUAUGAAGAAGAGGAGGAGGAAGAAGAGGAGGAAGAAGUGGAGAAUGAGGAGCAAGAGUCGCCCAACGAGGGCAGCACAGAUGAGAAGUCGAGCCCCGCCAGUUCGCAGGAAGGGUCUCCUGCCAGGGAGCAACCGUUUUCCCCCAAGUCAAACACGGAGAAGUCUAAAGGAGAGCUGAUGUUUGAUGAUUCUUCAGAUUCGUCACCUGAAAAACAAGAGCGAAAUUUAAACUGGACCCCAGCUGAAGUCCCGCAGCUGGCUGUAGCCAAGCGCAGGCUGCCUCAGGGAAAGGAGCCUGGCCUGAUUAACUUGUGUGCCAAUGUCCCGCCUGCCCCAGGUAACAUUGUGCCUCCUGACGUCCGGGGUAACUUAAUGGCUUCUGGACAGAAUCUCCCAAGUUCUGAAAGAUCACAAAUGCUAGCUACUUGGAAUCCAGCUGUGCGGACAUUGAGAAAUAUCACUAAUAAUGCUGACAUUCAGCAGCUUAACCGACCUUCAAACGUAGCACAUAUCUUACAGUCCCUCUCUGCACCCACAAAAAAUUUAGAGCAGCAGGUGAACCACAGCCAGCAGGGCCAUGCCAACGCCACUGCAGUGCUAUUCGGGCAGAUGAAAGGCGGGCCCGAGACGCAGAUGCUCCAACAGCACCACCAGCCCCAGCACCCGCAGCAGCAGCCGCUUCUGCAUCUCCAGCCCCAGCAAAUCAUGCAGCUGCAGCAGCAGCAACAGCAGCAGCAGCAGCAGCAGCAACAGAUCCCUCAGCAACAGCCCUACCCCCAGCAACAGCCGCAUCCUUUCUCACAACAGCAGCCACAGCAAGUUCAUCAGCAUCAGUUUCCACAGCAACAGCUCCAGUUUCCACAGCAACAGCUGCAUCCUCAGCAGCAGCUGCAUCGGCCUCAGCAGCAGUUACAGCCGUUCCAUCAGCCGCAUGCCCUGCAGCUGCAGCAGCUACAGCAGCAGCAGCUGCAGCAACAGCAGCUGCAGCAACAGCAGCUGGCACACUUGCAGCAGCAGCAGCAGCAGCAUAGCUUGCUGCAGCAGCAGCAGCAGCUGCAGCGCCUACACCAGCAGCAACAACAACAACAACAGCAACAGCAACAGCACAUGCAAAAUCAGGCAGCACAACACUUGAGUCAGACAUCCCAGGCACUACAGCAUCAGGUCCCACCUCCGCAGCCCCAGCCGCCCCAGCCGCAGCCCCCACAGCAUCAUCAGCUGUUUGGACAUGAUCCAGCAGUGGAGCUUCCAGAAGAAGGCUUCUUGCUGGGGUGUGUGUUUGCAAUUGCGGAUUAUCCAGAGCAAAUGUCUGACAAACAGUUGCUGGCCACUUGGAAAAGGAUAAUCCAGGCCCACGGUGGCGCUGUGGACCCCACGUUCACAAGCCGAUGCACACACCUGCUCUGUGAGAGCCAAGUCAGUAGCGUGUACGCACAGGCAAUAAGAGAGAGGAAGAGAUGCGUGACCGCACACUGGCUGAACACCGUCCUGAAGAAGAAGAAGAUGGUGCCCCCUCAUCGCGCCCUGCACUUCCCAGUGGCCUUCCCGCCAGGAGGAAAACCGUGUUCGCAGCAUAUUAUUUCUGUAACUGGGUUUGUUGAUAAUGACAGAGACGACCUGAAGCUGAUGGCAUACCUGGCAGGUGCCAAAUACACCGGCUAUCUGUGCCGCAGCAACACGGUGCUCAUCUGCAAAGAACCAACGGGUUUAAAGUAUGAGAAAGCCAAAGAGUGGAGGAUUCCCUGUGUAAACGCUCAGUGGCUUGGCGACAUUCUCCUGGGCAACUUCGAGGCCCUGCGGCAGGUUCAGUACAGCCGGUACACAGCGUUUAACCUGCAGGAUCCGUUUGCCCCCACCCAGCAGUUAGUGCUGAACCUUCUGGAUGCCUGGAGAGUGCCGUUGAAAGUAUCCCCGGAGUUGCUGAUGGGUGUAAGAUUACCUCCCACGCUGAAGCAGAAAGAAGUCACUAACAUGCAGCCUUCUUCCAAAAGAGCCAGAAUUGAAGAUAUACCACCUCCCACUAAAAAGUUAACACCAGAAUUGACCCCUUUGGUGCUUUUCACGGGAUUUGAGCCUGUCCAAGUUCAACAGUAUAUAAAGAAGCUCUACAUUCUCGGUGGGGAGGUUGUCGAGUCUGCACAGACGUGCACGCACCUCAUUGCCAGCAAGGUGACCCGCACUGUGAAGUUCCUGACGGCCAUUUCCGUGGUGAAGCACAUCGUGACGCCGGAGUGGCUGGAAGAAUGCUUCAAGUGCCAGAAGUUCAUUGAUGAGCAGAACUACAUUCUUCGAGAUGCUGAGGCUGAAGUGCUUUUCUCUUUCAGUUUAGAAGAAUCCCUAAAGCGAGCCCAUGUUUCUCCACUCUUUAAGGCAAAGUAUUUUUACAUCACACCUGGCAUCUGCCCAAGUCUUUCGACGAUGAAGGCGAUUGUGGAAUGUGCAGGAGGAAAGGUGUUGCCCAAGCAGCCGUCCUUCCGGAAGCUCAUGGAGCACAAGCAGAAUAAGAGCUUGUCAGAAAUUAUCUUGAUCUCCUGUGAAAAUGACCUUCAUUUGUGUCGAGAAUACUUUGCCAGAGGAAUAGAUGUUCACAAUGCAGAGUUCGUUUUAACUGGAGUGCUGACGCAGACGCUGGACUAUGAAUCAUAUAAAUUCAACUGACGGCCUGUGCUGCUGUGAGCGUGUCGUGCGGGGUCGGGGCCGACUGCCAGGCUCGGCCAGCACCAGGGCUUCCUUCAGACACUCUUGUUUUCCAGCUGCUUUCUUAGGGAAUGAGAUUUUAAAGCAGGAAAACAAAUAUAAUAAAUAUACUGCAUCUUAUUAAGAUGUGCAAUUUUAUUCCGAGGAAACAUAAAUUAUGUUUUGUAUUAUAUGACUUUGAGAGCCCACAUUAGGUUUUAUGAUUCAUUUGCCAGGUUUUUAAGUGUUUUCACAAAACCAUGCAGAACUUCAAUUACAAAUAAAAUGGUGUAAAUAGACCUUGCUAUCUAUAAAUUAUGGAUGUUAAAGAUUUGAAAUGUUUUGUACUUUGAUUAUUUUUAUUUCUUAUACUCUUUUCUUUUAUAUCGAUAUCUUGCCCACCUUUUAAAUAAAUGUACUUUUGAAUUUUACUUAGAAUUGAAUGAUC